AUGGAUAAUCAUGUCGUCGGCGUCCUGGGCGGCGGCCAGCUUGGCCGUAUGCUGGUAGAAGCUGCCAACAGACUGAACAUCAAAGUGGCGGUGCUUGACGGAGAGAAUGCCCCAGCAAAGCAGAUCAACCUCGUAGCAUCUGACAAGCAUGUCACGGGCUCAUUCGCAACGGCCUCGGACGUCAAAGAGCUCGCGUCGAGAUGCGACGUUCUCACAUACGAGAUUGAGCAUGUUGACACCAAAGUGCUCGAAGAGCUCGAGGAGGAGAAGCCCUUCCUUGACGGAACGAAAUGGUCGAGAAUCCAACCCAGCUGGAAGACUGUACGAACCAUUCAAGACAAGUUCACCCAGAAACAACACUUUGCAAAGUUCGGCAUUUCCACAGCCAAGUCCAUUGCUGUUGGGACAUCACACCCACAAGGCUUGAAGGACAUUGCCGACCAACUCGGAUAUCCCCUGAUGCUGAAGUCUAGGACCGAGGCGUACGAUGGGAGGGGCAACUUUCCGGUGAAGUCGGUGUCCGACAUCGAGCCAGCCUUGAAAGCGUUGGCGAACCGCCCUCUAUAUGCCGAAAAAUGGGCACACUUCAAAAUGGAACUGGCAGUGAUGGUGGUGAAGACGGCUCAAGAAGAUUCCAUCGACUCUUGGGAGUCAAUCACUUUGGGUUACCCCACGGUUGAAACCAUUCACGAGGAUAGCAUAUGCAAACUUGUCUAUGUGCCUCCUCGAGGCGUGUCAAAGAAUGUUGUCCGCGCUGCUCAAGACCUUGCCCGACGCGCCGUGGCCACUUUUGCCGGGACCGGAGUAUUCGGUGUCGAGUUAUUUCUUCUGCAGGAUGACACCCUCGUGGUCAACGAGGUUGCACCACGGCCGCACAACUCAGGUCACUACACAAUCGAAGCGUGCCAUAUGUCACAAUAUGAGGCCCAAAUCCGAGCAAUCCUCCCGGACCUGGCAUCCACGAUCCGUCCAGGGUCGACUGACCUAGCCGUGUCGGCGGCGGUCAUGUUGAACAUUCUCGGCGGCCCGCAACCCGACUCCCACCUCCUGGUUGCUAAAGCUGCACUAGAGAUCCCAGGCGCGAAGAUCCAUCUGUACGGCAAAGGCGAUGGCCGCCCUGGCCGCAAGAUGGGUCACAUCACAAUCCUUGGUUCAAGCAUGUCCGAAUGCGAGGCCAAAAUCCACCCUCUAAUCCAGAUGGUUGACGCGGUCCGGGCUCACCGCACCGAUUCGUCGCCCGCCUCUGCUGCCUCCAUCGCUGCCACUGCUGCCGACUUGCAAAAGACCAAUCCUCCGCCUACCCGUCGGCCAGUCGUUGCUGUUGUCAUGGGCUCAGACACCGACUUGGCAACGCUGCGCCCCGGUCUCACCAUCCUCGACACCAUGGACAUCCCAUACGAGGUUCAUAUCACCUCCGCGCAUCGCACUCCGCAGUAUAUGCUCGACUUUGGCAAAGCAGCCGCGGCUCGCGGUCUCAAAGCUAUCAUUGCAGCAGCCGGAGGUGCGGCACAUCUUCCUGGCAUGAUGGCCUCUGAAACCCCGGUUCCUGUGAUCGGUGUUCCUGUCAAGGCGAGCAGCCUGGACGGACUGGACAGCUUGCUCAGCAUUGUACAGAUGCCCAGAGGAAUUCCGGUGGCCACGGUGGGCAUCGGCAACAGUACAAACGCCGCUAUUUUGGCGGCUCGAAUCGUAGGCACAAGUGAAGCCAAGGUCCAGGACUGGGUAGCAAACCAUUUGCAGAAAAUGGACGAUGAGAACAUGGAGAAGGAGUACCGACUCCAGCGUGAAGGAUGGAAGAUUUACAAAAAGCUGGAUUCUUGA